AUGGCACGUGGAACUAACGGCCUGGGCGUCCAGGUCGAGGACGUCAAAGUAUGCGUGGUAAUGGUCGGGCUGCCCGCUCGCGGGAAGAGCUUCAUUGCCCAGAAAGCCCAGCGCUACCUGCAGUGGCUUUCGAUCCCGGCUCAGACCUUCAAUGUCGGCAAUUACCGCCGCAAGGAUGCGGCGCAACCGCCGGCUGACUUUUUCGAUACUAACAACUCCGAGGGGGAGCGGAAGCGCCGCGCUGCAGCCGAAGCAGCUGUGGCCGACAUGCUCAAGUGGUUCCGUGCCGGCGGUGUCGUCGGCAUCUUGGAUGCGACCAAUUCUACUAAGGAGCGCCGCAAAUGGGUCAUUGAUACUUGCACGGCCGCCGGUAUCGAAACGCUCUUUGUCGAGAGCAAGUGCGACAACGAAGACCUGAUCAUGGCCAACAUCCGCGACGUCAAGACGACCAGCCCCGACUACAAGGGCCAAGAUCCGGAGCAGGCUGCCCUCGACUUCCGCAACCGCAUCCGCAACUACGAGAAGGUUUACAAGACGAUCAACGAGGACGGCGACGAAGAAGAUCUCACCUACCUCAAGAUUAUGGACGUCGGCAGCCGUGUCAUCAUCAGCCGCAUCAAAGACUACCUGCAGAGCCGCAUUGUGUACUAUCUGAUGAACCUGCACAUCCGCCCACGAUCUGUUUGGAUAUCGAGACAUGGCGAGUCGUUGUAUAACCUUGACGGUAAAAUCGGUGGCGACGCCCUUCUGUCACCCCGUGGCGAGAAAUACGCUCUCAAGCUGCCGGAGCUUGUGCGGCAGUCAGUCGGUGGUGACCGUCCACUCACAGUGUGGACUUCCACGCUCAAGCGCACCAUCGCGACGGCCCGCCACUUGCCCAAGGACUACAACCAGAUGCAGUGGAAAGCCCUCGAUGAGUUGGACUCGGGUGUCUGCGACGGCUACACCUACCAGCAGAUCAAGGACGAGUUUCCCGAUGACUUCCGCGCGCGUGAUGAGGACAAGUACAACUACCGGUACCGUGGCGGCGAGUCAUACCGCGAUGUUGUCAUCCGGCUUGAGCCCAUCAUCAUGGAGCUGGAGCGGUCUGAGGACAUCCUGAUUAUCACCCACCAAGCCGUGCUGCGGUGCAUCUAUGCCUACUUUAUGAAAAAGGACCAGAAAGAGAGUCCGUGGAUGAACGUGCCGCUGCACACGCUGAUCAAACUGACCCCCCGGGCCUAUGGGACCGAGGAGGUGCGGUACGCAGCGGGAAUCGAUGCCGUGAGCACCUGGCGAGGAAAAGGCUCGACAGCAAAGCACGAGCAGCUUGCACCAGAGGCAUUUCAUUAG